AUGGUUCCAGAAACAGCUGGAACAAAUACAGUCGAACCUGGAUCGCUUGAACCUGUGCUUGAACGCGUUCACCUUUCACACAGUUUUUGCAUCUACUGAUUUUCAAUCAGUAGAAGCAUUGCCAGGACGUACGUCCGUGGAUGUCGCAAACAGACAGGUGAUGAUGUAUUGAUGACGUAUUGAUGUAAUGCAUUGCGAGCAUAGAAAUUGCGAGCUAAAGUCGGUUAUCUACGGUUAGUUCCGCUGUUGUCCAUAAAUGGUUUUGCCAAUAACACGAGUACAAUAUGAAGAAUGCCGUAUAACUGCGCGAGAGGAUGAGUGGAUGACGACUUUGUGUAUCAUAUUUUCGGUUCAGUGGCAGUGCACAAUCGAGAGGAUGACGACUUUGUAUGUUCAUAUCUUCAGUUCAGUGUACAUAUGUUUUGGUCAUUAUCAACAUUGUAGCGAUUUAUGAUCAAGCGAGAUCGUAUAUUAUCAAAUUACGCAAUUGCCUAAACUCUUUCUCGACGACUUUGUAUGUUCAUAGCUAAAAAGUCUGUUAGAUAAACUUCAAGUUAAUAACGAACUAGAUGCUGAUAAGAUUAGAGUUGAUUAUGCUGAUAUUUUCCAAGAGUCAGAAGAUGCUGAAAGUCUAAAUUUAUCAUCGUUGGAUCUUUCGGAAAUUUUGUGGGAUGUUUCACUUUUGUCUACCAACGAGAAUACGAUGAAGAGCGACCACCCAAAAUACAAACCCAUAAAAGCCAAAUCCAAAGUUAAAGUUUGUACAAACAAGAAUACAUCGAAGACAAAGUUAUCGACAACACCAUCAGCAAAGGUCGCUAAACAACAAAACAUUAACAUAAAUAAUAUUCAAGAAUGUGCGCAACGUGUGUCAAAUCUCGAAGAAGUUGUUGCACGUAUUGAUAAGGAAGCGGUGAACUCCGACGCCAAAUUAAGUUCUCUUAGCGAUACCCUUUUUCAAAGUUUGGCAGAUAGAGUCCAAAAUGAAAUGUCAAUUCUGAGGAAAGCUUUUGACGAAAAAGUUUUGCAAUAUGAUGAACGUACUAACAAAGCUGAAUUGGAAGUAAAAAAAUUGCAAGGACGCCUUGGAUCUUUGAUCGAAGAGAAGAAUCAAUUAUCCAAAAAAAUUCGAAGUUUGGAAAAGUCAAAUAAAUCAUUAUCAGACCAAGUUGAAGAACUACAAAAUAAUGCAAAAGUUGAUGUAGUGCAGGAGAACCGGGAAGUGUUGUUCAGAACGAGCUAAAUAUCAAUGUAACGGACAGAGAUGAAUCCGAGGUCCUAAUAACUAAAGAAGAAAGUGGUCCUAUUUUGUCUAAAGAAGCACAUCCUUCAGAAAGCGGUGAUCCCAAUGAGCAAACUGUUGAAAACCAAGGCGGAAAAAAGGUGAAUGAUCAAGAAAGUUUGGAAGAGUAUGAUUUUGUCUUUCUAUGUGAUUCCAACAGAAAAUUCAUCAACACACAGCUGUUAUGCCCUAAUAGUACGGUAAAAAUCAUCCCUUGUGGUACUUCCAGUCAAGCAAUUAAAAUCAUAUCUUCACCACGUUUCCAGGUUAACGAAGCGCUUGUAAUAAACACAGGUGUUAAUGACGUGGAAAACUUAACGUUAGACGAGGUUAUUCAGAAGCAGUUAGAGAUGGUAGAUACAGCUAGGAAGGCAUUCCCAGGAAAAAAGAUCAUUGUUUCGAGUGUUACUCCACGAGAUGACGAUUUUGAUGAAGACAUUCGGGCAAUAAACCGAACAAUCCAAAGUGAAAUUUCAAACUUCGCUGAUGUUAUUUAUGUGAACAAUGAUAAUCUACGAGACAGAGCAUUGUAUUUUGACCGUAAGCACUUAAAUAGGAAUCGGGGUGUUCGUAAGUUUGCAGCGAACAUCAAGAAAGCAAUUAGAGUGGCAAGUGGUGUUGUGGACAACAGGCCACGUUAUGCAUCCUAUCAUAGUGAUGAUCUGCAUCAGAUCCGACCUGAUGAUCGUGCUCCCUUUCUUAUAUUGGGCUCUUCGUAG